UAAUCUGGAUGGCGAAGUUCCAUCGCAGGGUGUGUUUAGUAAUGUGACUGGAUUUCUAUUUGAAGGGAAUUCAGGGCUUUGUGGUGGUAUUUCAGAAUUACAUUUGCCCCCAUGCCUGCCAGAAUCAAUGGAACACACCAUGAGAAAACGCAAUUUGGUUAUCACAAUAGCUACCCCAAUUGCUGGCAUAAUUCUAUGCUUGUGUGUGGUGCUUGUUUUCUUCACAAUAAGAAAGAAAUCAAAAGCUCGGUCCAAAACCAUGGGAGGAUUUCAACUUAUGGAUGACAAUUAUGUUAGAGUUACUUAUGCUGAAUUGGUCCAAGGAACAAGUGGCUUUGCUACAGACAAUUUGAUUGGUAGAGGACGAUAUGGAUCAGUGUAUAAGUGUAGUUUGCUGCUAAACACCAUGAUGACCACAGUAGCUGUGAAGGUGUUUGAUCUUCAGCAGUCUGGAUCUUCCAAAAGCUUUCUAGCUGAAUGUGAGGCACUUGGUAGGAUCCGCCAUCGAAAUUUGAUUAGUCAUAACUUGCUGCUCGAGCUCUGACUCAGACCAAAACGACUUCAAGGCCCUUGUGUUGGAGUUCAUGCCUAAUGGGAGCCUGGAUAGGUGGUUACACAUUGAUGUACAUGCAUCACAGCAACUGCAAGGUUUGACAUUGAUGCAGAGAUUAAAUAUUGCAGUUGAUAUCGCUGAUGCAUUAGAUUAUUUGCACAACAACUGUGAACCACCAAUAAUUCACUGCGACUUGAAGCCAAGCAACAUUCUUCUUAACGAGGAUUUAGUUGCGCACAUUGGGGACUUCGGCCUUGCAAAGAUUCUUUCUGAACCAGCAGCGGAGCAGCUGAUUAAUUCAAAGAGCUCCAUUGGAAUAAGAGGAACGAUUGGAUAUGUAGCUCCAGAGUAUGGCGAAGGUGGUCAAGUUUCUUCAUGUGGAGAUGCAUAUAGCUUCGGAACUGUCAUCCUCGAGUUGUUUACAGGCAUGGCACCAACUCAUGAUAUGCUCAGAGACGGGUUAACCUUGCAUAAGCAUGCCGAGAAUGCAUUUACAGGGAUGCUAAUGCAGAUUGUUGAUCCAGUACUACUUUCCAUUGAAGAAGCCAAUCUGACUAGUCUGCAGGAUGGAAGCAACACAAUGGAACAUGGCAGCAAUGCCAUAUUGUCUGUCAUGAAGGUUGCGCUAUCAUGCAGCAAUCAUGCACCAACAGAGAGGAUGUGCAUGAGAGAUGCUGCUGCUGCGAUUCGCAGGAUAACGGAUAGCUAUGUUAAAAAUAAGACAAACUGAGGAAGUUGUUGCAACUGCAUAUAACACAAAGCAUUUUGCUGAAACAAGAUCAGCACCUGAAACAUCCAGGUCAGCCCCCCUGAAGUGGCGUCAUGCUUAAUUUGCUUUGUAGUGGUUAUGUUUUGCAUUCCAAGUGUGGUGUUGUAUAUGUUAGUUUCUGCCUAGCCAUUAUCUUUUAGUUACAUACAUAUGUAAUUUGUUCAGAGAGGUCCAACGAGUGUUGAAGGCCUUAGCCUAGGCCAAGUCGGGCUUCCGAGCCUACUCUCUAAAAAGCAUAGUUUUAAAUAGCCGGCUAUAGCCCCGCUAUAGCUCCGCUAUAGCUGUUUGAGGGUGUUGCCGCUAAAUGAUUUCAUGUACAAUUUGCCACUAUAGCUCCGCUAUAGCCCAGCUAUAGCUGUUUUUAAGGGUCGCCGCUAAAUGCCAUAGCCCGCUAUUUAAAGAGUUGUGUAAAUGGAAGGCGGAUACAAGUCGCAUCUGGGUUGAGUUUGAAUAAGACAUUAUAUCUCAUCAGAUUUUAAAUUGGUGUUGUAUUGCAUUUGAGUUGGGAUGUAUCAGACCCGUCCGAUGUUGUUCUUGACUAG